GACUCCGAGAGAUCGUUUCGCGGAAGAUCGCGCUUCACCGGACUGUGGAUCGGGUGUCUUGCUCCGCCCGUGUUCGGACAUUCGAACUAGAUCGAGCGGACCCACACUUGGUAAUCUGUCGACCCACUACUGUGGAAGUUGAAGUGGAGGUUCCACGGGAUAGUGCUGACGAGUACGAAAUCACCUCGAAGAAGACGGCAAUAACGAAAGUUCUCCGCACGUAUCCAGAAGAUCGCUUCCGAGCGUUCUACGAGACUCUGGGGUACGCGAAAAUUGUGGAAUUGACGUCAACGACAUUGGGGAAGGCUGAGCCCGACAUGCUUUUCACGGAAAUAGGAGGUGCUCUCGCCGAACCACCUGUAGUAAACGAAGAAAAAGGAGGGCCUGCUGAUAGUACUGUAAGAAAUCUUGCUCUACUGCCAAUCAUCCCGCGACAAAAAUUGUCGCACGUUCGAUGGCAGGAGAUGACAGUUUUGCAUAGUGAGAAACUUCUUCCAACUCUGAACGUACGGGAAAUGUUCGGGGAACUUGAUGCAGCUACCAUAUUUCCUAGUUCCUUUUACGCCUUCGAUCUUUGGUCGUGGACGCGGAAUAUAGCCGCAGUAUUGGACGCCGCCCGCGACGAAGCAGAUGAUGUCAAGAGGGAAGAACAACAACAACACCAAUCUUCUGUAAGAAAAACAUCAAGUGCUGCAGCAGAGAAUGCUAGUAGGAGCAGGACAACCACUAGCACUACAUCUACAAACAAGGCAUCUGCAGCUUCAUCUUCUAGUUCUUCAGGGUGGACCGAUUUUUUUCCUCUUCGAUGGCUUGAUCCGGAGUACACGGAGGAGUCGGAUCAAUAUAGGCGGUCUUUGAAGGUGACUCUAGCGCUUCCACCUGAAUCGCUCGCUCAGAUGGUGAAAGACGGAAAAAGCAAAAAGAACAUAGCGGAGUCGGUUUUGGGUACCAUUGCCAGGCAGAUGAAUUUCAACUUGGAUCCACAAGCCGAACAAUAUCCCUUGGUAUUUGAUGUGUAUGGGCAGGAAAUGCAGAUGGGGCAGAAGCAUGCUGGCAAGAAGAUGAAGAACAAAGAAGUAGAUCUUCCUAAAGAUGAAUCUUCUGCACUAGUGUACGAGGAAGUGCUGGACGUAUCCAAAAUAUUGGAUCAAACAAAUUCAAGAACUACAAGUAGAAGCGGAGAAGAACGUGCUGUUACACCUCAACUUUUUAAUCAAGAUUGGAGCAUGGGUGAGAUUGCGGUAGGUUUAUGGGCGCAUGAGACGUUCGUCCGCACAGAAGGUGAUGCAGCCCUGCCGUUUUUGUUGUAUCUGCGCUAUUUGCUUCUUUUCUUGACCCAAGCGAAUUACUCGGAGCGUGAGUGUAGGCGUGAAGUCGGUGUCGCUGGACAUCUUACAUGGUUGCUGUUCUGGGUCUACACGCGCGAACACGAAAAACAUCAAGUCGUCGCUGCGGACGAAGAUGACAAUUUAUUGGACCACGAGCCUGCUCGCAGUACAACUUCUUCUAGCAACCGAUCAGCAUAUGAACAAGACAAAGCACAACCAGAACCACCUUUUGAACAAGACAAAUGGGGUUCUACCAACGGAAUCCCGACGAACAAACCUCCAAUCAAAGGGACGAUUUUUCGUCUGCUGCAGGUAGCACGAGACCCCGCAUUAGGGUAUUUGAAAGCGAUUUUUGAGUUCUUGCAACACAGUCGCUGUCAGUCUCAAUACAUUGCAGACGAGGAUUAUCAGAGAUGGGUAGAUGGGCGUCAGAAAAUCCACCAUUCUUCGAGAAAAGCCUUCGGGAAUCGGGUGGCUCGCGAGUACUUUGAGCAGAUGAAGGACCACUUUACUAGCAUGACUGACAACCUCGUGGUCCAUGCGGAUGAAAUUUCCUCUGGCGCUUCAUCGUCUCCAUCAUCGUCUGCUUCGUCACGAUCAUUUACUUCUCCCAGCAGUUUUAAGAAUUUGAAAACUUCUUUCAUCUGUAAUGGCCGAAAUGGAGAAGUUGGAGACCGCCGACCAUCUACCGCUUCUAGCCGUAGAGAUUCGUCGAACAAGUCUUGGCUGGAUACCUGGGACCCGACUGAAGCUCCAAAAUUUGAAGUGUACGAUCAGCAACAGGAGAUGUGCGAUCAUGGUGUUAAGGCUACAAGAAAUCCAUCUUCCCAGGCGUCUUGGUUCCGCUUUUAAAGGGAAAAGGGGACUCAAGAUGGUGCUGAAGCUGGACUUCUCGUAGUUCUAAUGGUGGAACGUUCCUCAAUGGCACACUGGUUUCGGUUCCGGUCCGUCCACGCAACGAACGCAUUUUUUUCGACCUGAAAUCGGACGAAGCGGUGGCAUGGCGAUGGUGUCGCAACGAGGGAUCCGAGGUGGAAUCUUCUUCUGGUGGUACCGAACCGCUUGAUUUGAUGUUGGGCUGCGAGGAGCUCAUACGUUUUAACAGAGAAUUUCAACAUGAUGUUGGAGCAGUAGAAGACGACGACGACAAAGAAGAAGAGGUUCGCCACAACAGGGACUGGAUGCAAUUUUUAUUGCAGAUGCAGCAAGUCAUCAGGUGGGAGCAAUAUGCUAGAUGGAGCUAUCAAUGGUUGUGAAGUUAUUAGAUGUUACAUUCAUUAUCAAACAAUCGCGCUCUACCUCUAUUGACGAGGACAUUGACAUAAGAGAUCAAAGAUGAAUCCUGAUCCUACGGUAGUCAUGAAACGACUGAACCAAGAGCAACCAUGAUGAUGAAACUCUAACGAUUGUCUCAGACAGUUCUUGUUCUUGACAGAAAGUGAAUCCUUGGAAAAAUUGGACAACCAGCCAUGUUGAAAAU